CAGACACAUCAGAGUCUCCAAAAGUCUCCAGUAACACAAGAAAAAGUCGCCAGAUUUGUCGCUAGUCGCUUUUUAAAAAAAAUUGUCGCUAGAGGGAUUUGAAAAGUCGCUAAGUUGGCAACACUGCAGGCAACAGUGCUAACCACUCAACUACGGUGGCGAUAAAGUUCUACUUGUACUACAAACAGUCCACGAAGAAGUAUCCGAUGACAGCACGGAUAGUGACAGGCAUGGUUACUGAGACAGAGAAACAGUCACAAUGUCAGGGUUGUUAGCGAGGAUGUUAUUCUACCCCACACUGGCUUACAAUGUGGUGAUGGAGAAGAUCUCGUCUCGGCGGUGGUUCGAUCGUGUGGACCAGACUGUCAUCCUGGGAGCUCUUCCGUUCAGAUCCAUGACUGAAGAGCUCAUUCAAGCAGAAAAUGUUCGAGGAGUGGUAACGAUGAACGAAGAGUAUGAGACAAAACUUUUCUGUAACUCAGCAGAGGAGUGGCAAGCAGAAGGUGUCGAGCAGAUCAGACUCAGCACAGUGGAUCUGACCGGAGUCCCCAGUCUGGAACACAUUCACGAGGGAGUUGAUUUUGUUCUGAAACACCGUGACCAGGGCACCAGUGUCUACAUCCACUGCAAAGCGGGACGUUCCCGCAGUGCCACCCUGGCUGCUGCAUACCUCAUCAGAAUCCACUGCUGGAGUCCAGAAAAGGCUUGUAACAUGCUGGCAGCUGUCCGGCCACAUGUACUGAUCCGCUCUGCUCAGCGUGAUAUGCUGGACAAGUAUCACCAACAAGUGUGUGGACAGGAUUCAGGCUCUGUAUAAUAUAAAAGUUUGCAACUGGUCUGAACUAGGGUUUUUUUUUCCUCGUGGGUUGAAGAGACUUUUCUAAAAAAAAAAAUCCUUUGUGCACAUAUGUAUGUAUGUAUGUAUGUGACUUUUCAUACACAUUUAUAAAAAGGAAAGAUUACUGUAUUAUACUUUUUCCUUUGUACAUGUAUGUUAAAUGUGAAAUAAUUAAAUACUGUAGACCAUGUCCUACUAUAGUGCUGUCCAUGAUUUAUAGCAAUUUAAAACCCUGCGAGGUUUCUGAGGCAUCCAGAGAAGGACCAGCUCCAGCUGGAUUCUGCUUUAUGAUUGGAGCUACACAUGCUGCUCCUG